GUUUCUGAUAAAGAAAAGGUCGAUCAGCUCCAGGAAGAAUUGCUGCGGACGCAGCUGAAAUACCAGCGGAUGCUCGAGCGCCUAGAGAAGGAGAACAAAGAGCUGAGGAAGAUAGUCCUGCAGAAGGACGAGAAGGGCAUCCAUCAGCGGAAGGUGAAGAAAUCUUUGAUUGACAUGUACUCCGAAGUCCUGGAUACUCUGUCAGACUACGAUGCUAGUUACAAUACCCACGAUCACUUGCCUCGGGUGGUUGUGGUGGGAGACCAGAGUGCUGGCAAAACCAGCGUGCUGGAAAUGAUCGCUCAAGCCCGGAUCUUCCCUCGGGGCUCGGGAGAAAUGAUGACACGCUCGCCUGUCAAGGUCACCCUCAGCGAAGGUCCCCACCACGUGGCCGUCUUCAAGGACAGUUCUCGCGAGUUCGAUUUGAACAAGGAGGAAGAUCUGGCGGCCUUGCGGAACGAGAUCGAGAUCCGGAUGAAGAAGAGCGUGGGCAGCAGCUGCACCGUCAGCUCAGAGACCAUCUCGCUCAGCGUCAAGGGUCCUGGCUUGCAGAGGAUGGUGCUGGUCGAUUUGCCCGGCGUCAUCAGCGUAAGUGUCCUGCGCUGGGGGGAGGAGGGGGGGUUGCUGCAAGAGCAGCGCAAGGAGGCCUCGUUCCGAAACAGCAGUGAAAGCAUUGACUCUAUCAGAGACUACGAAGAGGAAUUUUUCCAAAACUCCAAACUGCUGAAGAAUUCCAUGCUGAAGCCCCACCAGGUGACCACGCGGAACCUCAGCCUGGCCGUCUCCGACUGUUUCUGGAAAAUGGUGCGUGAGUCUGUGGAGCAGCAGGCAGAUGCUUUCAAAGCAACCCGUUUUAAUUUGGAGACCGAGUGGAAGAACAACUAUCCCCGCUUGCGAGAGCUGGACCGGAACGAGCUGUUUGAAAAAGCCAAGAACGAAAUCCUGGACGAAGUCAUAAGCUUGAGCCAGGUGACCCCCAAGCACUGGGAGGAAAUCCUCCAGAAGAGUUUAUGGGAGAGGGUCUCCACCCACGUGAUCGAGAACAUCUACCUUCCAGCAGCCCAGUCUCUCAACGCCGGCACCUUCAACACCACCGUGGACAUCAGGCUCAAGCAGUGGACUGACAAGCAGCUGCCCAACAAGGCCGUGGAGGUGGCCUGGGAGACCCUGCAGGAGGAGUUCUCUCGCUUCAUGACCGAGCAGAAGGCCAGGGAGCACGACGACAUCUUCGACAAGCUGAAGCAGGCCGUGAAGGAGGAGAGCAUCAAGCGGCACAAGUGGAACGAGCGGGCGGAGGACAGCCUGAGGGUGAUCCAGCACAACGCCCUGGAGGACAGGUCGAUCUCCGACAAGCAGCAGUGGGACGCCGCCAUUCAGUUCAUGGAGGAGACCCUGCAGAGUCGCCUGAAGGACACGGAAUCCGUCAUUGAAGACAUGGUGGGGCCGGACUGGAGGAAGAGGUGGCUGUAUUGGGUGAUGCGCACCAAAGAGCAGAACAUCCGCAACGAAACCAAAAACGAGCUGGAGAAGAUGAUGAAAUGCAAUGAGGAGCAUCCGGCUUACCUGGCCAACGACGAGGUCACCACCGUCCGGAAGAAUCUGGAGGCCCGAGGGGUGGCGGUGGACCCCUGCUUGAUCAAGGACACCUGGCACCAGGUCUACAGGCAGCACUUCCUGAAAGCCGCCCUGGGCCACUGCAACCUCUGCCGGAGGGGCUUCUACUACUACCAGAGGCACUUCGUGGACUCCGAGCUGGAGUGCAACGACGUGGUUCUCUUCUGGCGCAUCCAGCGCAUGCUGGCCAUCACCGCCAACACCCUCCGGCAGCAGCUGGCCAACACCGAAGUGAGGCGCCUGGAGAAGAACGUCAAGGAGGUGCUGGAGGACUUUGCGGAGGACUCUGGCAAGAAGAUGACCCUCCUGACGGGGAAGCGGGUGCAGCUGGCCGAGGACCUCAAGAAAGUCCGGGAGAUCCAGGAGAAGCUUGAAGUCUUCAUUGAAGCCCUUCAUCAAGAGGAGAAGUGACGGCUUCCCCAGUAGGAAAAGGAAAAGCUGCGGGGAGGCCAAGCUCUGCCCUUCAGCACCUGGUGAGAGCGUCCCUCUGCUGAACUCUUUGGGCCCUCCUGGAAGCUUCCGGAAGGAAAGGCUGCUCUUAGAAGGAGACGGUCACUUCAUAGAUACUCCUCAGAGGGAGAAGCAGGAACCCAGGAGAUCACUAGACCUGGACUUUUAUGGCGUCCUUGAAGUGGCCGCUUGUGUGGGGGGGGGUGGGUGUCCAGAUUGUGCAAUUCUGUUUUUAUUUUGAGGGUGGGAUGAACGGAGAUGGCCGCCUCUCCCCCCUUCUCCAUUACGUGUAAGCCAAGGAGCUUCAAAUAAAACGUCGGCAUCUGUGUGAUGAA